AUGUUUGUCACAUGUUUACUCGUGUCCGGUUCGAGGCGUAAAGGAACCGCUAACUGUGCAUUGAACUUGCACAGAGCACAAACGGCAACCUGGGCAGCCUCGCGAAGCACGCAGCAGUUGCAAGUGCAAGGUUGGCGGAAACCCGUCAAACCAGGGGCAUGCCAGGUCCUAAACGCCCAGUUAACUGUCUUUCGAAAUCCGAAAAGCGGAGGGCCCGGCGCUCAAGCGAGCCGCGAGCCGCCGUCAUUCGCACAGGUCUUGCGUGAAAUGGCGCCCACUGGAAAACUCGACGACUUUGUCGUUUACGACUCAGACGGAAAACAACACCAGUUGCUCGAUGUUGUCGGGAGUUACGGACCAGAAGAUAAGGAUAUGAAAGCAACGUUAGUGAUCUGGCCGCGGCACUUUGGCUGCGUGCUUUGUCGCCGCCUCGUGAAAGAGCUCGCCGCCCGUGAACAAGCCUUUCGACAAGAGCGCAAGUGGCGGCUCAUGGUGAUAGGUUGCGGCACUCCGGAGCAAGCUGCCAAGUUCCGUACGGAUGCAACGCUUGGGCCCUUACCAGCGAGCAUUCCGGUAUACACAGAUCCGUUGCGUCGUUCGUAUCUCGCACUACGUUUCCGACGCGGUAUUCUGUCAACGUUCAACUUGCCUGCACUACAGAACAUCUUGGACAGUUUUCAGAAAGGCGAGCGUCAGCGCUGGGAUAUGAUUCCUCCGGACGCGUUCCAACAGGGUGGUAUUGCGCUCAUUGAACGGGAUACCGGGGCACUCUGGAUGCUGUACCGUAGUCAGUACGCUGGCGAUGCGCCCACUGCAGAGGACCUCCUGAAUAUAGAACUUUGA